UCAAAAGCUUUCCCCACAUAAGUUGUCACCAUUUUGGAUACAGAUUGGCAAACACUGUUCUAAAGCUGUUGACAAAUCCAGAAGUUUUUCUUUAAAAAAUUAUUUCCACAAAUUCAUUUCCUUGAGUGUGCAUUUGAACCAAAAAAUAAUCAUUCAAUCUUAAGAAACACACAACACAAAGAAAAACCGGAGCAAAAGAAAGAGAGAAACACAACUAUGAGCUACCAACGAUUUCCUCAAGACUACCCUCCUCCAGGGUAUGGUACACAAUAUCCACCACCAACAGCACCACCACCACCAGGGUACCCUCCACCCCCAGGGUAUGAAGGGUACCCUCCACCACCAGGGUAUGAAGGGUACCCUCACCACCCUCCACCACCAGGGUACGGUGGCUACCCUCACAAUCACCAGCACAGACCUGGUGGUUAUCAGGGUUACUUUAAUGAUGGGUAUCCUCCUCCACCACCUCCGCCGCAACCGUAUCCUCCUACACAGGUCUACCACUGUGAGCAUUAUAAUCAGCAUGAGGAUGGUUGUUUCUCCUUUUUGAAGGGAUGUUUGGCUGCCCUCUGUUGCUGCUGUGUGCUGGAAGAAUGCUGUUUCUAGUUGCCAAACUCUCCUUGGUUCUAGCUAAUACGAUGUCUUCCUCUUGGAUUUAUGUCCAAUAUGCGCAUUUUCACCUGUAAAGCUUGACCAGUUGUUUUUAUGCUAAAUCUGAUGUCUCUAUACAGUGAACAGAACAUUCUUAGUCAUGGGAUCAACAUUUGUAAUAUUGUGUAAAUUGAUACCUGAAGUUUGUGCAAGUAGUUUAUAGAACUAUGUGAGAUUUGUUUGAAUAACUAUGGCGUAUCUGUUUAUUAUGGUACCUUUCGGCGCCAGAUCAUGUUAUAUCUGCACAUUAGCAAUGGAGCUGUUUGAUUAUUA